AUGCCUGAACAGCCGACUGCCGAGCAAUGGGAGAAGCACAGGCCCCUCAUCACCAAAUUAUAUACCACCAGAACCCUUAAGCACAUCAAAGAUGAGCUAUAUAAAGAGCGCAUGUACAAAGGACGGUUCAAGACCUGGGGUCAUCGAGUCUUUGACACGCGCUCGACGACGUAUGUCGAUACCCCACGCCCAGGAACCCUCCCGCCGACACCAGCCACGUACGGAUACAGGUCACCAUUUGAAUUAAACCAGAAAGAAACUGGCAUGACCCCUGACAUGCUUUGCAAAGAGAUUGUGACAUUAGCGACGUUGAUACUCUCGAAACUCGUCCCAGGGCGGCCGCCGACUAUGGCGUGGGACGACUGCACCCCAACAGACGACCACCUCGCGAUUUACCGCACGCUUCAGAAGGAGCUUAAACAUGAAAGUCAUCUGAGAGGUUGCCUUGUGAACAAUCCAUCAGUUGCGGUUAAGUCGCGAAUGAAUGACCAUGUUAACGAGCUGUUAAAGUCAUUUCACCCCGCGGUACCAAUCGGCAUUCUAAGCUCAUUCAACCAAUCAUCGGAUACUGCAGCCAUCAACGAGUUGGCGCGCUGCUUGGUGACAUCCUCGAAGGCCAUCUUACCGAGAGACCAUGAGUUUGUCCAAUUAGCACAGAGAGUAGAUCAACUCCUCACAAACACUCUGUUCCCAGAAUUCAAAGCCUGUAUGGAACGCAUUUGCGAUGAUCUCCAAGCCAACGUGCUCAAAGUCCUGGGCAGAUGGAGUUUGGUGAUGAUUUACCUGAUUUUCGUGCUGAACGCCAAAAAGGCAAAAGAUGAACAACAGACGGAUCCCAAAAUCUUGAACAUGGCACUGGAGCGAUACACACACGUACAGUGCUCUUACUCAGAUGACCCAAAGCUGAUUGUUCAAUUCGGCCACUUCAUCCUAGGCUACUGCGUCCUCGUCGCGUCUGAAGCAGAACUUGCAACCGGUGUGCGCGAUAUGGCAGAGCAAUGCUACGACCGCGCCGAGGCGUACCUCUUGGAGCGAGAGUCUUCGCCAAACUCCAAACAUGCAGACAUCCAAGAUGCAAAGUCCCAUUUCGGAAAAGCAUGUGCCGUUUUGGCCGACUGUCGCUACGCGCAGGGCUCGCAGCAAGCAGACAAGAUGCUUCGCGACGAGAUCCACGACUCGUCGCGGAGGCUCUUGCUUAUGUCGAUCGGGUGUCACGUCGACACGGACAUGGCAACGAUGGCGCAGUUUGAGAGACAGAAGAAAAAGCUAGAGGGGUGGUGCAGAGAUGCGGGUGAUUCAGAGAGGCAGAAGCAAUUGGAUUGUAUUCGUGACCUUAUUCUAGGGAACGAGCAACGGCCAAAAGAUGGGCCUCUUCUUCCGAGGUUGAAGGUUUUAGCUGGGAAUUGA